CAUGCAGGACAGCGGAGGUGGCCGAUAUUUUGUUCCUUGUGGGGCAGUCGCAAGGUGCAGGGAGGGAGAGCUCCCGACUGGUCAAGGACUUCAUCGGCAGCAUGGCCCGUUCCUUCGAGAACGUGGUGAUGGGCAAAGGGGGCAUCCGGCUGGCGGUGGCACUCUACGGGGAGAAACCAAGGAUGAGUAUUGAGCUCACGGAUUACGUGACCAUUGAAGAAAUGCUUGUUGCAAUCCAGGAUCUUUCCUUCAAAGGCAGCAGCUUAAAAAUAGGGUCAGCCCUGGCAUUUGCAGCUCAAGCCAUGUCUCGCCUGGACACGCUGCAAGAGGGUGCAGCAAAGGUAGUCGUUUUGAUCACGGAUGCGAAAUCCAGCGACUCAAUAGAAGACAAAGCCCGGAUUCUGCAGGACAGGGGGGUGACAGUGUUUGCUGUAGGAAUUAAGGAUGCUGACAGGAAUGAACUCAACAAAAUAGCUUCAGAGCCCGCUGCAGAGCAUGCACUUUACGUCGAAGAUGUCCACCUGCUCUACAGCAUGGCCUCCAAACUCUCUCGAAGGCUCUGCUUCACUGCCUCAGAGCCACCACGACCCAUCAAACAGACUCCGCAAGCAGAGAAGAUCAUCGGCCCCCAGAAUUUGUACAUCAGUGAACACAGCCACAGCUCACUGCGACUCAUGUGGAUGCCAGCCACGGGGAGGGUGAUGGGGUAUCGUGUCCACCUACAACCCUCGCUGCCUUCGGGGCAGCCAGUUUCCAAGGCCCAACGUCAGGUUGUGGUGGAUGGUGACAAAAAUACCGUGCUGGUGACUGGUCUGAAACCCAACACCAAGUACGACGUCACAGUGAGGGCCAUCUAUGCAGAUGUCCUUGGGGAAUCAGCAGCUGUCAAGGGGAAAACAACACCUGUGCCUCCAGUCACUAAUUUCCGUGUGAUAGAAGAAGGACUUUUUAGCUUGAAGGUGGCUUGGACACCUCCACCGGGCAAGCUGGAGAGCUACAAGAUCUACAUCCCCAGAGCCAACAGACCAGGGAUGACCUACAAGCAGGUUCUGCAGGGUGAUGUCUCUUCCCACGUGCUGGAUAACUUGCAGGAGGAUAGAGAAUACAGCAUCGGCAUCUGUGCGGUGUAUCCCCAGGGGCCAAGCCAGUCUGUGGUUGCUGUGGGGAGAACAUUGAAGCUCCAGCCUGUGAAGAGCAUCUUGCUGCAGAACGAAACCACUGACACGCUCCAGGCAAGGUGGAGCCCCGUCCGGGGAGCAACGGGGUACAGGCUCACCUGGACAUCAGCAGAGGGCAGCAUCCAAGACGUGAACCUCAGCAACACCUACAGCUACUACAUGAUCCAGGGGCUGCAGCCUGGCACAGAAUACACCGUCACCGUCAACCCCAUCUUUGGGGACGUUGAGGGGCCAGUGAUGAGCAGGAAAGCCACGACGGUGGGCUCGAGCACCGUCCAGAUGCUAAAAGUGAGUGAGAUAUCCAUCAACAGUGCUCUGGUCUCCUGGGACUCGGUUGCUGGGGCCACUGGGUACCGAGUGGUUUGGGGUCCUACACCAGAGUUCUUUGGCAAAGACCGUCCUCACCAACUAGCCCUCAACAAGUCGGUCACAGCCUACCAGCUCCGCAAGCUGGCCCAUGACACCGAGUACGUGAUUUCCCUCUACGUGCUCUUUGGCUCCAUGGAGGGACCAGGGAUCACAACCUCAGCCAAGACAUCUCCUCUUGGCUACGUCUCCAGUUUCAAGGUGAUGUCCUCCACUAGCACAAGCCUGUCUCUGGUGUGGAGUGCCACGGCAGCUGCCACCAAAUACAAAGUCACCUGGAGCCCUGCUGGAGCAGAAAAUCAGGUUGCCAAGACUCACUAUCUGGGCAGUAGAGUGUUGGCUUACCAGAUUGACCACUUGUUGCCCAACACCCUGUAUAAAGUCGGUGUUCGGGCUGUCUUCAGCAAGGUGGAGGGGCCGGAGGUGACUCUGACUCACCGCACAG